AUGAUGCGCCGUGUGAUGUGUGUGUUGGCCGUUGUGCUGUACUGUGCCUGCAGCUCUACUAUGGCCAGUGAAGUGGGAACCGCAUUGGGUGGACUUGCUCCCACGUUUAUGGAUUGGGGUGCACCUGUUACGUUUGCGUCACCCUCAGGGAGGACAGAACAAUCCACUGGGACAAGAAGGAACAAUGACGACGUAACCCAUUCUCAUGGUAGUGGAGUGGUGAAUGAAGGACUCGCCGAUAGGAGAACAGAAGUAAAUGCAGAGGAGAUGCGACCCGAAGGCGCUCCACGUACUCAAGUGCCUGGUAAGGACGGUGGACUCUCCAAACCUCAAGAUUCUUCCGAUCAUUCCCAUGGAAGUGAGGCAGGUGAAGUAGAGCAUGGAGCAUCGGUAGUACAAGGUGAAGUAUCUUCUCCUGUUCAGAGUGAAGUGAGUACGUUACCAUCAACAGGUACUGCAGGCACACACAAGAAAGAACAAGAGGUUAAACAAACACAAAGCCAAAAUAACGGGACUGAUCCUGCUACACACGGUACUGAAGAGGCACCAAGCAACACAUCUGAUAACACUACACCUGCUGACCCCAAUCCUAACCAGCAAUCUCCUGAAGCUACAGGUGCAACUGCUGCAUCAAACUCACAAGAAACCACUUCCACUACUCCGGCUAUCACCGAGAACACUACCACAGAAGCACCAACCACCACUCCAUCUCGUGUUCCUGUACCGAACGCAGAGAUCAGCAACAACAUCGCCUCCACAGUGCAGAAGAACAAACCCAUUGUUGACAGCAGUAUCAGUCCUGUGUUGAUGCGCACUGCAGCACCGCUACUGAUUGUGGCUGUGUUGUUCUCCGCUACUGUGUACUGA